UUCACCUGAAGUAAAAUUGGUCUUGCAGUAAUUGAUCGACGUCAAACAGAAAGGAACUCUCGUUUCUCUCCAUCGAUCUGCAGAAAAUCACUCAAUUACAAUCUUAUUUGGUAUCUGUUUCGAAGAAGAGGGACUACUUUGUUGCAAUUAGAAGAAGGUUGUAUCUACUUCCUUAUAAGUUAUAACCUAGCAAAGGAUCGUAUCAUUGCUCGUCUCCAACAACCAUAUUCACUCGAUUGUAUUCCAGUGGAAGCAGAGUAUCAGAAACAAUUCUCUGAAUUACUGAUGAAGGCUGCUAGUGAUUGUGGAGCAUUAACAGCUUCAGUUGCCGAUUUCCAGUGGAGCCAGACGUUUAAGGAGCCUCCUUCAGUAUGGGGGGAAAUGCUUCGUCCAAUUCCUGUUGCCUUAGCGUCAUGCACCAGGUUUUUCGAAGCAAUGUCUUCUAUGAGGGAAUCGUUUGCAACACUUCAACAUCUUAGAGUAGCCAAGGAUUCCAGAAGAGUACCAGGGGCUCUAUCAAGGAUUACCACGAUUUUAAAAGAUGUCAUUCUGAACAAGGAUCGUAUCAUUGCUCGUCUCCAACAGCCAUAUUCACUCAAUUGCAUUCCAGUGGAAGCAGAGUAUCAGAAACAAUUCUCGGAAUUACUGAUGAAGGCUGCUAGUGAUUAUGGAGCAUUAACAGCAUCAGUUGCCGAUUUCCAGUGGAGCCAGACAUUUAAGGAGCCUCCUUCAGUAUGGGGGACCACAUGUGAGUGUGUCCUUUACAUUUCCUUCCUCCAGGCCCCGGCUGAGGAAGUCUUUAAGCAUUUCAUUAGAGAUCUUUAUUUUCUUCAACUGAUGCACGAAAUGCUUCGUCCAAUUCCUGUUGCCUUAGCAUCAUGCACCCGGUUUUUUUAAGCAAUAUCUGCUACGAGGGAAUCAUUUGCAACACUUCAACAUCUCAGAGUAGGUCAUUCUGAUACCGUUUCACCUAUCACACCAGCCAAGGAAUCCCGAAGAGUACCAGGGGUUUCCGAUUGUGUAACUCCGCCUCCCUGGAAAACCGAACCAAGCUUUGAUGACUUAGCUAUCAAAAGCUCAAGAAGGCCGAAUAUCAAGCAUCAAGAAGCAGAGGAUGAAAGUGAGCUGGACGGCUCUAGCCAUAGGAGAGUGUCAUGGCCUCCUUCAGUUAAAAAGGCUGCUACUUAAAAGCUGACUUUUAAUAUAACGCAGCAGCCUCUGCAUACACUUUCUAUGUCGAUCAUACACCUUAACAGUUGUUUGUGCAGUAAUACAUUUGAUUCUAUAAAUUCUGAAAUUGAAAAACAUUAGUUUGUGCAGUAAUCCAUUUGAUUCUAUUAUAUAUAUUGGGAAUUGUGCCAAAGUAAAUA